UGUCGCUGUCCGCUGGUACUCGUCGCGUCAUUUGCAUACUUCAGUGUGUUUACUUGCCAACAUCAUGCUGUGACAGCUCCGUGAUUGAACAGUUCAAUUUUUUGCACGGCAAAAUAAUGAUGAUUUUCGUUAACGCGACGCUGGCCAGUAUGGUCAUGCUGCUUGACGCGAAUUUCAUUAAACAGCAAGCAUAAUGAGAUUUAUUAACAAGUGUCGUUCGUUAUUAGCUUUUUAAUGAGCAAAACAAAAGUGAUGCAGUGCAAUUCAGUUGUUGUUAAUGUUUUUAUUUCGUUGUUACGUUAUUUUUCGACUGACUAGAUUUAAUCUGUAAUCUAGCUUGACGCGUUAAACCGAUUUUUUAAUUUUAAGACAUGCAGCCAAAGCAGAGACUCUAGUUUAAUUAUAAUAAACUUUUUGCUGAAAUUGAACAAACAUUGAAAUAUUGAAACGUCGUGGAAAAGAACUUGUUGUGGCCAAUGACAGACAUCCGGUGAGGUCGUCGACGACGUUUUAUAUAUAAUAUAUGUGUGUUUACAUGCCGACAGUGUGUUUGGAUAUUCGAUCACCAGGUGUGCAUUGAACAUUAAAAGGACUGCGAUAAAAACGUAUUAUAAUCGCAAUCAUAUAUAAUUUGAACAUUGACCGAUUGUUCGGCUAAUAAACCAAAGACUCUCCUACGGAAGACAAAAAAAAAUUAAAGCACACAACUAAUAGCCCAAGGAGAAAGCGAAAAGAAAGAAGGAAGAGCUCAGAUGGAUUUUCAGAGCGCAAUGGAGACUUUUGCCGAAGCAUGGGUGGCUGCCAACACGAAAAACGAUCAGGUUCAGAGCCAAGCCCUCGCGCUGACGCACAAGUCGUCGUCGUCGCCGUCGCGCACCAGCAGCGAGCCGUCUCUGCCCCGCACACCGCCCCCGGCGGCCACCACGCCCCAGCCCCAGAGCCUGACGACGAGCGGCUCGCCGCCCCAGACCACGACAGCGACCAGCACGGCCAGCUCGACGGCAGCGGCAAGCAGUACCAAUGCCAACAACAGCAGCACAGCUGGUGCCAAUGAGAGCAGCAGCAGCAGCGGUAAACAGCAACGGGACUCGUCGAGGGAGCGAUCGGCGAGCAUCGUCUCGGUCACGCCGGCGCAUCAGCCGCAGCAUCAGCUGGUCGUCGGCGGCGACAGUCAGCGCGAGCUGUCCGCCGCCGCGGCUGUGCACAGGCAGCCGUACGCCGCGCACAAUCAGCACCUCAAGCAGGAGCUGGCCUCGAGCCCCAAGCAGGAGGGCUUCGAUCUCAGCAAAACGUCCUCCAGUACAGCCAAGAGUCUUCCAGUGCACUGCGUCGUCGAGGUCAUUCACAGUCUGGCCGAGACGCGCGCAGGACAAGCAGUCGGCGGUGGAGGUCAUCCUCAUCGCGACAGCUGGCGCCGACCCCACAUCGAGACCGACACCUACGUCUUCAUCCCGGCCAACAUGCCGUUUCAGGAUCUCGUCGGCGAGGUUCUGGUGCGCCUCAACUACUCGAGCGAUCUCAUACUCAGCGCCAGGGGCAGCAUAGUAAUACGCAACUGGAAGCCGCUGGCCACGGAUCGCGUGGCGGACGGGCCGCUGCUCACAGUCGGCGACAUCCUCGCGGAGCUCAUCAAUCUGGCCACGCUGCGCAUUCAGAUAUUUCGCGCGAGGCCCAGCCCGGCCUCGGAGAUACGCGACAAGCUGCUGAGAUUGCUGCUGCUGCGCAGCCACGCGGUCCUGCUGGCCGCCGGUUGCCCGCUCGACGAGGCGACUCUAUCGUCUCUGUGCCGGGGUGGCAACGACAUCAGCGAGGAGACUCAGCGAGCCUUCGAGUCCUGGCUACAGCAGCAGCACCUCGGCCUCAUACCGAACUCGCUGCUCCAGCCCCCGACCACGAACCACCACCAUCAUCACCCGGGCCUCAAUCAUCACCGAGCUCAGUCGCCCCAGGGCAGUUCCAGCGUGGCCGAGGUCGUCUCGUCGGCUAGCGGCGGACCAACGGCGGGCAACAAUUCCGCAGCCGGCGUCGUUUCUCUGCCCCCUCACCACCCGGCCCAUCCCCACCACCACCAUCACCACGCGGGACUGCUGCCGUUCUCGCACAAGUCCCGAAUGCGCACGAGCUUCGACCCGGAGCUCGAGCUGCCCCGACUGCAGCGCUGGUUCGGCGAGAAUCAGCACCCGUCGCGUCAGCAGAUACAGCACUACGUCAAUGAGUUAAACGCGCUAGAGUCGAGGCGCGAUCGCAAGCCACUGCACGUCAACAACGUCGUCUACUGGUUCAAGAAUGCCCGUGCUGCUCAAAAGAGGGCGGAGAAUCGGGGCGUUAAUGGAUACAGUCCACCGGGCAUGAGUCCAAGGAAUGCGAGCAACGUCAGCGAGGACUGCAGCGACGAGGAGGAAGAUUCCAGACUUCAGUCCGCCUCGCCGUCGCCUUGCGCGCCAGCCAGCCCACCCGUUGGACCCUUGUCCCUCACGACUCGACCCGAGGACCAGGCGGUCCAGCAGCAACAGCAGCAGAGCCAGGCCCCGUCGUCGACCUCGUCGUGCGUCAAACAGGAGGACUCGGUCCGCACCGCAGGAGGUGGCGGUGGAGUAUCGUCCGGCUCCGAGGACGACGAGGUCAGUCCCGGCGGGCCGACCAUUCCGGGCUUCUCGCUGGUCCCCAGUCCGAUGUUCAGCCACAGCGUCAUGUACAUGUCGCAUUAUCUGUCGCCGCGCGGGCCCACGGGCUGCCCCACGAGUAUGCUCGACGAGAGGAGGAAGCGCAACAGGACCUUCAUCGAUCCGGUCACGGAGGUGCCGAGACUCGAGACCUGGUUCACUCACAACACCCAUCCCAGCCAUGCGCUCAUACUCAAGUACACGGAGGAGUUGAAUCGAAUGCCGUACAGGCAGAAGUUUCCGCGCCUUGAGCCGAAGAACGUGCAGUUCUGGUUCAAAAAUCGACGAGCCAAAUGCAAGCGCCUGAAGAUGGCGCUGUUCGACGGCGAGUCUCCACAACCCCACCCCUAUCACGCAGAUUAGCCAACGGCAGCCGCCUCCACCGUCGCAUCAUCGUUACUCUCGUCGUCGCGCUUGUACAUUUAAUAUACAUAUUAAUUAUACGUAAUUAAUUAUUAUCAUGAUUAUUAUUAUUAUUAUUAUUAAUUCACGAGACUUAUAGAGCUCCAACCAGGUUCGAAUACGUGCAAAACUAGUUUUCCUUAUAGCGAAGAGUUUUUGAAACGAAUUUUUUUUCGCAUUCAAAAUGCAUAAUUCGUCAUGAAUAAAAUUAUUAAUCGUGAGUCGUUAGCAAAAAUGAAAAAUACUCAAUUUUUCGAAUAUUACAAUUACCAUAAUCUAAGAUUACAUAUAAACAAUAUAUGAAUGAAAAAAAUGUAAAUAAACACACGGAUAGCUUCUAAUAAGGGAAAAAUAGCAUGUUAAGGACAAAAGAUUGUUGCAAUUUCCGUGGGUUUAAUGGCUGUAUAUUAAAAAAAAACUAUGUACUUCGUAAACGAAUAAAUAUAGUAACUGUCCCACAUAGCAUACAUAAUUUGUAAAUAAAUCGACUUGUAAUGUUUUAGGCUCUAUGAAUUAUUUUUAAUGAUUUGUAAUCGUCAUCAUGAAUUUCUCAUUAUUAAAAUUAUCGACACGAUGAUCUCGAAAUAAAGAAUAAAAAAAAAUACAA